AGGCUUGACACCCCAGUUUUUGACAACAAAGUCAGGUUCGUCUGCAUUUCCGAUACGCACGAGAGGCUAGAUGAGUUUCUUCCAAUCAUCCCUGACGGUGACGUGCUGAUUCAUGCGGGAGACUUCACCAACUAUGGCGAUCUUGGAGAAGUCAUCAAGUUCAACUCUGAAAUUGGUCAACUCCCACAUAAAUAUAAACUGGUGAUCCCCGGCAAUCACGAACUUGGUUUUGAAGACGGCGAAGUGAUGAAUGAUAAGCAAAUGGCUGGACUGAAUAUGCUUGGAAUUAAGAAGGCUUAUGAGCUGCUCAGUAACUGCACAUAUCUCUGCGACCGCUCAAUUGAGGUAUACGGUAUAAAAGUCUACGGAACGCCAUGGCAUUCAAUGCCCGGAUAUUCGUUC